AUGCGGCACCACUUUCUCACACACAACUGCACAGUAAUCCCACAUACAAAAUCUAAUGAGGAUCAUUCUGGAAGAAGCGAUUUCGGAAACGCGCAAGACACCUCUCGAAAAUUGAUCGUAACUUCCCUUAAUUCAACUAAGUUGGUAAAAUCGGGCUCUCAUGAGGGCACUAAACCCAGUGCUAGUGACCGAUUUGGAAGCCAGUCGGGACCUUUGCGACACCGACUCAAUCUCUUUGGCACUGCACUGGCAGUUUUCCGUAUUAUUAGCGCCAAGCUUUCCACGGAUGGACGCACUACUACGAAAAGUAGCGCCAUCCCAGCCUUGAGAAAAAGAAUUGAGGACAGUAUUGACCACCGAAGCUUCCCACAGACUGCGCAGGCAUCAAAUGCAUAUCAUGGCUAA